GGCAGGACAUGGGGUUUGGAAUUCAAUGGGUCAUUUGACGUUGCGGCAGAGGAUUUGCGGUGAGUCAACUAGAAGGGAGGAAGAAGAAGCAGAAGAAGGAGAAGCUUUGGAUUUCAAAAAAGUUGCGGUUUCCUGAUGCCAACACCUCAGCAUCUUUCCUUCACCAUUGUGGUAAAUAAAAGCCUCAGCACAUUUACAAACGCCACCCCAUUCAAUUCCAUUCACCCCAGCUAUCUAGCUUGAAUAGCUUCCUACUUUAUUAUAUUGCCUUACCUUCCCUUCCCCUGUUGUAAUCAAUUCAUUUACUGCCCUUUCCAUUUACUUCUCCACCCACUUGGGAUCCCCGGAUCCCAUCUGCCCAUCUCCCUUGACCUUCAAAAGAUUUCUCCUCCCUCCCCACUUUGUUUCUGCCCAGAAAAACCAAAGCCCCGAUCCAGGAGUCCCCACCCCUGGCCUGCCCUUCUUGCGCCACCAUCAGACAAGAGACCCGCUCUUCUUCUCAAAAAGAUGGGAUUUUGGAGUGCAAACAGGGCGUGGUCCAAAACAUGGGCAUGGGGUUGCAUGAAAGCAUCGAAUCUGGGGACUUACUUUCUCCAGUCCCACUUCCAUCGCCAUACCUUCAACCCCCACCAGCUUCUCCUGUUCCACGGAGCAAUUUAGAUAACAAGAUCAGUCCUAGCAUCCUUCUUAUAAUUGUCAUCCUAGCAGUCAUCUUCUUCAUCUCGGGGCUGCUCCACCUCCUUAUUAGAUACCUCCUGAGACGCACCGACAGGGACCCGGAGGACAUGGACAAUGUCACAGCCCUCCAAGGCCAGCUCCAGCAGCUGUUCCACCUCCAUGACGCUGGGGUGGACCAGUCCUUCAUCGACACCCUCCCAGUGUUCCCCUACAAGGCCAUCAUCGGCCUUAAGGACCCCUUUGACUGUGCUGUGUGCCUCUGCGAGUUUGAGGCCGAUGACAAGCUCAGGUUGCUCCCAAAGUGCAGCCAUGCCUUCCAUAUGGAGUGCAUCGAUACCUGGCUACUGUCCCACUCCACUUGUCCUCUUUGUCGAAGGAGCCUCCUCCCUGACCUCUCCCCCAACAACAGUUGCAGCCCUAUAGUCCUUGUUCUCGAGUCCGGGAAUGAGAACUCGAGGGAGAUAGCUCCUGAAAGAGGGGAUCCUGGGAGUCAUGCCCAUCUUGGUUUCCUCGGAGAAGAUGACUUGGGGCCUUCUUUGAAUGAUGCGUCUCAUAAGCCAGGGGAAGUUGGAGCCAAGGAAGAGGCGGUUGUAUCUGUCUUGGAGAAUUCAGAGGCCAAGGUGGUUCCGGUGAAGCUCGGGAAGUUUCGAAAUGUGGAUAUCAAUGGUGGCGAGGGUGAAGGUGGUAGUAGCAGCAGUGUCAGUAGUAAUUUGGAUCAAAGGAGGUGUUUUUCCAUGGGUUCCUACGAGUAUGUGAUGGAUGAGUGCUCUGUACUUCAAGUGGCCAUCAAGCCACCCAAGAAGAGGCUCGCAGCCGAGAAGCGGGGGCACCGGCUCGCGAUGUCGGAAUGUGAUAUCCAUUCAAGGAGAGAGGAGUUCAAAGGAUUCGAACCAUCUAGGAGUGUGGAAUCUGGAAGUCAUGGUGCUAAUACUAGUAGCAGUGCCAAUUUGAACAAGAGAGAGAGCUUCUCUGUUUCCAAGACAUGGCUGCGAUCGAAGAAAGAUAGGCCGGGCGCCGAAGAUUGUUCAAGGCGGGCUCUUUCAUUCCGAUUGCCAUUGCAUCGGGGUGCGAGUGAUGAAUCUAAGAUGAAGAGAAGCACCAGCCCGGUUACAGUGUCGGAAUUCAGUGUUUCAGGUUGGGAGAAUAGUGGGAGUGAAUUGGAUUUUGAUGUGGAGGUGGGAAGCUGGAACAAUAGUAUGAGGUCUCGGACAGAUGAAGCAGCUUCAUUAGCGCGGAGGACGCUGCUUUGGAUAGUGGGGAGGCAGAACAAGGUGCGAAACCAUCUCUGAUAUGGAUCAAAUCUAAAGCGCUUCUUUUGCCUAAAUUACCUCUUCUUUAGAUUCUUAAAUUUUGAAAGAAAAUGAUGCAGUAGAUUUGUAUAAACAGAAGGUAAAAAAUCAUGUGAAAACAUCAGUCUUUUGAAUUUUUUUUUUUUUUUUUGGUUGGCUGGUAAAUUUGUCUAAUUCCUUUGUCCUCGGAUGUGCGUAUUUUUUGAUUGAAGUGGCUUCUCUUCCUUGUUCA